AUGAACUUUAAAUAAUAAAAUUUUAGGCAAACAAAAGUGUAGUUUUACUAUGAAUAAGCAUAAGAAAGAAGAAAGAGAUAUUCAAUAAAAAAUGUUAAAACUUAUUAAUUAUUUCGAUCUCCAUUGAAAAGUUCAAGAAUAAUUAGAAAAAAUAAACUUGACAUUAGUUCUACAAAAUUAGGCAAUUCAAGUUGUUGUUGCUCAGAAUGUGGGAAGGAGUCAGUUUUUAAGUAGAGGAUAUUUAAAAUUUACACCUUUACAGAAACUUAGCAUUCGAAAUAAGAGUAAUUAAGGUAGUAAUAAAUAAUGGAUCGUUACAGAAAUUCCAAAUAUAUCAAAGUUUUUAAGAAACUUGUUUAUUGCUUGCUUUUUAUAAUCAGAUACAAGAUAGUUUAAAAUAUCAGGUUUAGAUAACGACAAAGGAUGAAAAAAGCAUUUAAAACAAGAAUAGAUAAUCCUAGGAUGACUUUGCUUAAUGUUUUAGAAAUUGCAUCAAAGCAGUUUCAUGUCAGUCCCAAAUUUAAAUCAGCCACUAAUUUUGAUUAUGUCUUUAGCUAAAACGCUACAGCAGUAAACUCUCCUUAAGAUUCAGAUGAGGAAUUUUACCAUCUUAAACCAAGAAAAUCUUUGGUGCGAAAGUUUUCAUCAGAUGAAUAAUAUAUACACAAGAAAUUGUCAAAAUCUCAAUAAAAACUAUACUUAAUAACUGGAUUGAAUUCAGUUUUAAAUUAAUAUGUUACAAAGAAAUUAAACCAAACUCAAUAAAAAUCAAUUAAUUAACAAUAAUAAAAAAUAUAACCUCCAUUACUUUCUAAACAUACUUCUCCGAGAUAAAACUAAUCAACUCAUUUACCUAAUAUCAGGUUAAAACAAAUAAAUUGA